CUUUUCACAGGAAACAUGGUUCCAAGACAGCAGAAUGCCAAGCUUCCUCUCUUUUUGCUGCUGGGGCUCUUGGGAAUGGUGAUCUCACUCCAUGCCGCACCUGGUACUUUAACCCGGGCUCAGUGGUUUGAGAUUCAGCACCUAAAUAUGGCCUACACUCAAUGCAAUGCUGCAAUGCAGGUGGUUAACCGUUACAGAAUGGUAUGCAAAGGUCAGAAUACUUUUCUCCACAAAACGUUUGCUGAAGUAGCUGAAGUUUGUACCACCAGAAAUGUACUCUGCCCUAGAUCACUCAGGAUGAAUUGUCAUAUUAGCUCAGUUCAAGUGCCUGUAACCUACUGCAGCCUCACAAGAUAUGCACCACGUUAUACGAACUGCCGUUAUAGACAGAUACAGGCACAGCAUAGCUUCAUCGUUGCAUGUGACAGAAGAUCACCACAGGACAAUGCCACGUACCCCAUGGUUCCAGUUCACUUGGAUGCGAUCAUCUAA